AGAUCAGAAGAGUAACACUCUAACAUCUUCAUCGCUGAGCAUUUCUUUGGCUCCUCCAUUUUAGCAUUCUCCUCCAUCGUAUUGAACCCUAGGCGUGAGACAUCUUAGAGAUAUCAUCAAACGCCUAACUUCCUAACUCAUCUACCCCCGAAUUUCGAGUUCUCCUCACCUUUGCCGUCGUGGUCCUCAGUCUAUGCGUCGUGUAGCUCGGCCAUUCCCUCAGUUCGUGGUGGUCGACUGCUCGUCGCCGUUUCCACUGUGUGUAGCUCGGCUGCGUCUCAGUUCGUGGUGAUCCAUGUGGAUUCUUUCAUUCUGGAUUUUCGCUUGCGAUGUGCUUUGGCCACUAGAAAGGAAACGGCAGAGGUUAUUCUUCCUAUUGGGAUUGGCACUAAUUCUAGAGCUGGACAUUGAGAGCAUUAGAACACUCUUACCUGAUUGGUUUCAUUUCUUACUUCAAGAAACACAUAUUGUUCAAUCUCAUAUAAGAAUUUGGUGAUCUGCUCAAUUUACCUUCUACGAUCAUGGGGUCGCACGGAAGAAGAGCAGGAAAGCUGGUCUUCGACUCAUUUCGAAGUUGCUCUUGGAGGAUUAUGCCCAAAACUGAAAUUCUACUAUCCAAUAAAAGAUUUUCCCAGUUUGAACACUUGAUGGUUCCUGCAUGGAAUAGAGCUAAACUUCAUAUUCGGAUUUCAUCACACUCUCUUAUAUCACAAAGACUACGCUUACAGGGUAGAGUACACAGGAACUUGGGUAAUCCAUUUCUCAAUGAGGCGAGGAGAUUUUACUCUGUGAAUCAGUAUGAUUAUGUGCAGCAACAUCGCAAGUCCCGAGGUUUUAGAUGGUGGUUUCGUGCUGGUGUGUUGAUAGUAACAUGUUGUUCAUGUGUUAUUGUCAAGAUAUUCUAUGAUCAUCUGCACAUUGUUCCCUAUCACGAUAGAACACGUUUAAUCCUCUUCUCCGAGUCUACGUUGAGGAGGCUCGCAGAGAUGCAUUUCAUGAAAAAGAAAAAAGUCUUUUGAAGGGAAAAUAUUGCCUGAUACUCAUCUUGAAACUAUACGGUUACGAAGGAUAGCUCGGGACAUAAUUGAUGCAUGCGAAGAAGAGAUCCAACGACAAGGGUCACAACUUAGUACCACGUCACAUUUGGAUGGAUUGGACUGGGAGGUGCUAGUGGUGACUGGUUCUGGACAUUCCUUUGCUACAGAGUGUGGGAAGAUUGUGUUGUUUGAUUGGAUGCUUGAGCAUGUCACAAGUGAUGCAGAGAUAGCAUUCCUCAUCGGACGUGAGAUUGGGCAUAUUGUGGCUCAACAUUAUGCUGAAAACUUGACAAUAUCUUAUUGCAUCGAGAUUCUAAUGGCCAUCCUCAAUCCAAUUGGCUUAUGGGAUGCAUUCAGGAAUGAAUAUGGCACUCCUGUCGCUCAUAUCUUAUUGGCGCAAGAAUUUGAAGCAGAUUACAUCGGGAUACGUUUAAGUGCUUUAGCUGGAUACGAUCCCAGGGAGGCUCCAAAAUUCUUGGAGAAGAUAGACGAGUUUUGGGUUGCCAACAUUGUGUCCCCAACUCCAAAAAGGAGGGCAAAAUAUCUGUCAUCUCCUGAGAACAUGUGGCAACCUCUUUCUAUAUACUUACGGGGAUGUUUAAAGCAGGACAAAUGAGGUACCUCCUUGGUUGGUUAUUGGGAGGGUUUGGAAUGAACGGCUUUGGAGGGGAUGACUGCAAUUUAAAUUAGUUUAAUUCUGUUAUCAGAAUAACUUUAUUAUUUGCUUCAAAUUUCGUCAUUCUCAAUCUUGUUACUACUAAUGUUGGAAGCACUGAUGAAUUGAUGAUGAUCUGAUGAAGAAUUGUA